UUUGAGCCAAAAACAAAGAAAAAAAAAAUACAAAUCUGAGUUCUGUAUGCAAGAGCCCUAGAUCUAACCCUAGCCGUCAGAUCAGAUCAAUGAGGAGAUCUCUUCUGGACCGUUGGAAUCUUAGGAAGCAGCAGCAAUGGUGGAGGACCUGGAGGUAGAAGAGUCGCAUUUGUGAGGGGGUAUCCUGAAAGAUUAUUGUCUCUAAUGUCGAUGGCCAACGAUUCGGUUUUUAUUCUCUAGCUGGUAUAUUUUGUUAUCUCUGUGGUGGUGGUGGUGAUGUGUGAUUUGGUCGCGCGCACGGGUCGGCUCCAGCAACGGUACAAGGAUGGCUCGCGUCUCGUAGCUGGGUGUAUUCCCUUUAGGUAUAUAAACUCUGACGAAGAAGAUGGUAAUGAGAAAGUGGUUCAAGUGUUGAUGAUCAGCUCAUCUAGUGGACCUGGACUUUUGUUUCCCAAGGGAGGAUGGGAGAAUGAUGAGACAGUCAAAGAAGCUGCAGUAAGGGAAGCAGUGGAAGAAGCAGGAGUCCGUGGGAUUCUAAUGGAUUUUUUGGGAGACUAUGAGUUCAAGAGCAAAACACACCAAGAUGAGUGUAGCCCGGAAGGGUUAUGUAAAGCGGCGAUGUACGCCUUGUAUGUGAAGGAAGAGCUAGAGACGUGGCCGGAACAGAAGACGAGAACAAGGACAUGGCUGACUAUUGGAGAAGCUGUAGAGAGUUGCAGGCACGCUUGGAUGAAGGAUGCGUUGGUUGGUGGAUUCUGUAAAUGGCAUAAGGAGAAGGUUACAACAGAUGAAGAUUGAUUUUUAAAGUGUGGAUAAAAACUCUGAAGCUGGUUUCAUUCCUUAUGAUUUUGUUUUUACUCUCUCUCUCUCUCCUUUUUUAUGGAGAAGCUUGCGGUUGCGAAACCUGGUAGUUUUUCAAAGUUUACAAAAAAAAAAAUCAAUUGUUUUUCUUUUAAACAGUUGUUCUUCAUCAUCUUUCAAUAAUUCUGAAAAGAAAGACAGCUCAUGACAAUCAUGUUUAGUAUUAUUAAUUCAUGAUUAAGAAGUUUUGAUAUAACUA